CUCACACACACUGGAGACAUGGAUGGCCCUCUUCCCCAGCUGCACGCGCCCUUGUUGCUCCGUGCACCGCACCUCCUGGACCGGGCUCAGUAUCCCGCACGGAGCCCAAAGUGUGCACGCUGCAGGAACCAUGGUGUCGUCUCGGCACUCAAGGGCCACAAGCGCUUCUGCCGGUGGAGGGACUGCGCAUGCGCCAAGUGUGCGCUCAUCGCUGAGCGCCAGAGGGUCAUGGCAGCGCAGGUUGCUCUCCGCCGACAGCAAGCGCAUGAGGAGAGUGAAGCCCGACAGAUGCAGCAGAUCCUUUACCCGGGGUCGGGGCUCAUGGAGAGAGGGGUCACACCAAGUAACACACUGGGGCUACACACCGCCUUCAGCAGCGAGCACAGGAACAACGGAGAUCCUGUGAAAAAAUAUAUGUUUAAUGGCUUCAUGGUUGGCUCUGACAUGCGCCCGGUGACGUCCCCGUUGGCCAAUACUGACCUUGGCCCAGAGGCCAGUCCCACAGAGCCAUUUCAGCUUGGUGGAAACCAGUCUCCCGGGCUUGACCGGCUCUCUGACCACACUACAAGCCCGCGAUCUCUCUCCUUGUCAGAUCUGGAGUCGGGAAGCGAGUCAGACAAACCGAAAGUCGAGGCGUCUGGAGACGUGGCGAGGUCAGUUUCUUCCGGUAGAGAGCGCGAGCCUGUCGAGGUGCUGAUGAAAAUCUUCCCUCAUGUCAAGCAGGAUGUGCUGGAGUCAGCUCUGAGUACAUGCUCAGGAGACAUUGUGAAGGCCAUCGAAAUGCUGCUUGCCUCUAAAGAGGGUCAAGAGGCAGAUGAACCGGACGCUCCGUUAACUGAGAACACAGCGGCGGUGCUGCAGCAGUCUCACACGCUCCACCUUCCCACCUCAAAGUCUGCCUUCUCCCCGCUGCAGUCCUCUGUGGUUAAACCUUUCGGAAGUGACAGCUUUUACGGGCUCAGUCCGUGUUUCGGGAUCAAUCCACUGCGUAUUGCGUAUUCUGGUGGUGGAGGCACGUUUCCAAGUUUUAUCUCUCCAUACUUGACAUCUGGACUGCUCCCUGCCUUGCCUCUGCGUGCACCCGUCGAUUAUCCAUUUCCCCCCAUGAUCCGGGAUUUGGCCUACCAGAGCAAAGACACUCUCAGCACCGCAUCUCUCUACUCAGGACACCGGAAGUGAUUAAUACUGUACUGUUAGAUUUGUAUAUUAGCCACAGCAAAGAAUGUGGUGAUGCGGUUUUAUAUGUCUCCAGUUUUGUAGCCUAUAAAUGAACCUCUCUUGCCUUGGAAUGUCAGCACCAUUCUAUUUUUGUAUCUGAUCAUAUUUUCUAGCUUUCUAUUUUGAUUAGCCUGAACUGUACAAAGCCUGUAUUUUCAUGUUUUGUAAAUAAACCCUCCACUUGGAGAAAAAUCAGAA